GGCGGCGAUCGGGUUUCCAAUCACAAUAGAGGAAGCUAAGAGGCUGCGGAGCGGGCGGGCCCCGCCUCCUCCUCUCUCCUUGCAGAUCCUGGGCCGGAGGAGACGCACGCAGCUAACAUUGUCUUCUUCGCGCGACUCUUACAGCCGCUUCUCUCUGGGCACAAUGGCAACUCUUAAGGAAAAACUGAUUGCACCAGUUGCAGAAGAAGAGGCAGCCAUCCCAAACAAUAAGAUCACUGUAGUGGGUGUUGGACAAGUUGGUAUGGCGUGUGCCAUCAGCAUUCUGGGAAAGUCUCUGGCUGACGAACUUGCGCUUGUGGAUGUUUUGGAAGAUAAACUCAAAGGAGAAAUGAUGGAGCAACAUGGGAGCUUAUUUCUUCAGACACCUAAAAUCGUGGCAGAUAAAGAUUACUCUGUGACUGCCAAUUCUAAGAUUGUGGUGGUGACUGCCGGAGUCCGCCAACAGGAGGGAGAGAGCCGCCUCAAUCUGGUGCAGAGGAAUGUUAAUGUCUUCAAAUUCAUUAUUCCGCAGAUAGUCAAGUACAGUCCUGACUGCAUCAUAAUUGUGGUUUCCAACCCAGUGGAUAUUCUCACAUAUGUUACCUGGAAGCUAAGUGGACUACCCAAGCACCGUGUGAUUGGAAGUGGGUGUAAUCUGGAUUCUGCUAGAUUUCGCUAUCUUAUGGCUGAAAAACUUGGCGUUCAUCCCAGCAGCUGCCAUGGAUGGAUUUUGGGAGAACAUGGCGACUCAAGUGUGGCUGUGUGGAGUGGAGUGAACGUGGCAGGCGUUUCUCUUCAGGAACUGAAUCCAGAAAUGGGAACAGACAAUGACAGUGAAAAUUGGAAGGAAGUGCAUAAGAUGGUGGUGGAAAGUGCCUACGAAGUCAUCAAGCUAAAAGGAUAUACUAACUGGGCUAUUGGAUUGAGUGUGGCUGAUCUCAUUGAAUCCAUGUUGAAAAAUCUAUCCAGGAUUCAUCCAGUGUCAACAAUGGUGAAGGGGAUGUAUGGCAUUGAGAAUGAAGUCUUCCUGAGCCUUCCGUGUAUCCUGAACGCUCGGGGCUUGACCAGUGUGAUCAACCAGAAGCUGAAGGAUGAUGAGGUUGCCCAGCUCAAGAAAAGUGCAGAUACCUUGUGGGACAUCCAGAAAGACCUAAAAGAUCUCUGACUUCUGGCUUCUAGGCUGUAGAAAUUUAAAACUACAGUGUGAUUAACUGUGAGCCUUUAGUUUUUCGUCCAUAUACAUGGAUCACAGUUUGCUUUUAUCUUCCUAAAUAUGUGAAUCUGGGCUCACAGAAUCAAAGCCCAUGCUUGGCUUAAUGCUUGCAAUAUGAGCCCUUGAACAAAUAAAACUAACUAUUGUAGUGUGCUUCUA